CUUCCUCAUCCUAAUAUCUUCGUCCGAGUACGCGCUCCGACAUCUCCAGUUUCGCCUGGAAAGAUAAGCAAGGAACGGCCAUUUAAGAGGCCAGUUCCAGCCUCGAAUCCUUCUGUUUCUGGGUGUUGCGACGGCUCUUGUGCCGGCUUAGCCUUCUCUCAACCCAACAACUUCACCACAUCAAUCCAUUCAACCGGCCAUCGCAGCCUCAACCCUCUCUGACAUGGCACGUCCUUCGCCGCUUCAGGCUACCAUUUGGGCUUUUACAGGGUCCAUCUCACUGUACCUUGGUUUCAUCUCUCUCCUCACGGUCCCAUUCUUCCAAAACCAGGUCAUCUACCUCAACAGCGUAACCCUCACUUGGUUCCAGGAUGUCACUAUCCCAGAACAGUGGGGGUUUCUCCACAAUCAAGUCACUCCAUUCACUCUGAAGACGCGAGAUGGAGAGACCUUGCACGCUUGGCACAUCUUGCCUGUGGGGCUCUACCAGAAGCAUGAGAAGCAGCUACUUGCAGAGCCUUCUGGGAUUGUCCCCGACAUCGCCCAAAGUCUCGGAUUCCAGUUGCUUCGUGAUGACCCAGAGGCUCUCCUAGUGCUCUAUUUCCACGGAGCUGCAGGUACUCUAGGGUCUGGCUGGCGACCGCCCAGUUAUAGAGCCAUGCAUGCCGCUUCGCCCAACAAAAUCCACACCGUCGCCAUAGACUACAGGGGCUUUGGAUCAAGCACCGGCUCUACCUCCGAAGAAGGACUUCUGAUCGAUGCCAUCACUCUUGCGGAGUGGGCCAUGAAAGAAGCCAAUAUUCCUCCUUCACGUAUUGUGAUAUUUGGACAAUCUCUCGGAACAGCAGUUAGCAUCUCGCUGACACAGUACAUGGCGGCCAAGGAUGAGCCGACUCUUUUCUCUGGCAUGGUACUUGUUGCGCCGUUUGUCGAUGUCGAACUUCUUACUGCAACUUAUCGGGUUGGUGGCGUCAUCCCCAUACUCGAUCCCUUGGCGCAUUUCCCUCGCCUCUUGAGUCUCUUGCAUACAUUCGUCAUCAGCAAAUGGCCUAGCAAGGACAAACUAGCCGACUUUAUCAACAGAGUGGAAGCUCUGCCUGGGGACGACUCGAGAUACCACAUUACAAUCAUCCAUGCCGAGGACGACUACGAUAUUCCAUGGUCUCAUAGCGAAAAGAUCUUCUGGCACGCGAUAAACGCCACUACCGCAGAGGGAAUAAGCUACGACGACUUGGAGAAUGAGAAAGAGGAAGCAAGGCUGCGGUUGGGUGCUGGCGGAUGGCUUGUAAACCGAGUGACAAAGAAGGGAUCCAUCCGAGAGCAAAUUGUCAAGCAUGGAUUGCAUGACAAGAUCAUGUCGUAUCCCGUUGUUAGCCUCGCGAUAUUGAGGGCGUUUCAGAGAACUUAGGGUAGAUCCAACAUAGAGAGACUUUUUUUAGACAAUAAAACCAACAAUGGGUCGGUGAUCAUGAAGGCGACCGAUGUGUUUGCAGUGGGACAUACCCAGGCUACAGUACCCGGUGUGCCGGCCAACGGAGUCCCUCUUUUUGCGUCGCGUACAAUGCCCCGUG